ACUGUUAAAAAAACCACCAUGCCGUCCCGUUUGAACCAAAGAGAAGGAAGAUGAAGGAAGCUCGAACCUCCAAUGGAGUCCCCCUCUUCCGCACAGUUUUAAUUCCUUUACCUUUGCCUGAGCUCAUUGCCUGUUCAAAACCGCAAGGAUUUAGAUAUUCCCCAACUGAAGGCGCUGUUCUUUCUUCUUCUUCUUCUUCUUCUUCUUCUGCAGGACUUGUCUUUCGACAAUGUCUUUUUUUCCUUUUUUCUAGAUUCCGAUUUCUUGCUCCUUGUUUUCCCCUUUUGAUAUCUAUGUCGGCGAUGCAAUUUUUCGAWUUUUUGGGUUAUGCGACUUGAAGUGUGCCUGUUAUCGAUGUGGCGAUGGAAACUCCAAAUGUUUCUCCUUGAGAAUGUCCGCUAAGAGAAUUAGUGCGGAGAACUGGAGCUGUACACAUUUGGCGCACAAGCUAUUUUCUAAUGUGAAACAUGAACGUGAAAUUUCUAGUUUCACUACACAGAUUUGGAUGCCUGGUUUAGGCACUGCCCCAUUUACGAUUUCAUGUGGAAGUUUAUUCUUGCAGUUUCAGGGGUUGGAUAAACUGAAAAGCAGCUGAAGGUUUUUCUCUCUAUAUUUAUGCACCAUUCAUUUAUAAACCUCAUGUACCUUAAAUUCAUUUAUAAACCUCUGCAGUGUGUUUAAGAAUGGCAUUUAUAAGAACCUUAAAUUCUAUAUAUUUUGUAACUUUAUCAUCAGAAGCCAUUAUUUUCUUUACCCCUCGUAGUUUAGCAAACCCCAUAAAUAUCUUCAAACCUCGACUGCAAUUUGCAUUCUCUCAUAUUCGGCCUAAUACCCAGAUUGCUUUUUCCCCCUGCCCUGCUCCUGAACAAUCAUAUGAUGAUUAUAUAAUCUCUCUCUGCAAGAAAAAUUUUCCCAGAGAAGCUCUUCAAGCUUUUGACAUCUUUCGAAAGUGUACCAGUUUUCCAUUGAAGUCUAUUACUUAUAGCCAUUUGAUCAAUGCUUGCUCUUAUCUGAGAUCCCUAGAGCAUGGCAGGAGAAUUCAUGGCCAUAUGUUGGCAUUCAACUACCAGCCUGACUUGAUACUUCAGAAUCAUAUUCUUAAUAUGUAUGGGAAGUGUGGGUCUUUGAAAGAAGCAAGAAAUGUUUUUGAUGCAAUGCCCCAAAGGAAUGUAGUAUCUUGGACAUCCCUGAUAUCUGGGUACUCACAUUACGGUCAAGAGGACAAUGCCAUUACAUUGUAUGUUCAAAUGCUACAAUCAGGAUAUGUUCCCGACCACUUUACCUUUGGAAGUGUUAUAAAAUCUUGCUCAGGACUUGACGAUUUUAUGUUAGCAAGGCAACUACAUGCCCAUGUUCUGAAGUCUGAAUUUGGCGGUCACCUAAUUUCUCAGAAUGCUCUUAUCUCAAUGUAUACCAAGUUCUCUCAAAUUUCUGAUGCAAUAAACGUCUUCACUCGUAUUAUGGCAAAGGAUUUAAUUUCGUGGGGGUCAAUGAUUGCAGGGUUUUCCCAGCUUGGUUAUGAGCUUGAAGCUUUACACCAUUUUAGGGAAAUGCUUUCUGGACAUGUCUAUCAGCCAAAUCAGUUUAUCUUUGGUAGUGCCUUUAGUGCUUGUAGCAAGCUCUUAGAACCAAAUUAUGGACGCCAGAUACAUAGCUUAUGUAUGAAAUUUGGGUUAGGAAGUGAUCUUUUUGCUGGAUGCUCCCUCUGUGACAUGUAUGCAAAGUGUGGUUUGUUAGAAUCUGCAAGAACAGUGUUUUAUCAGAUAGAAAAACCUGAUUUGGUAUCUUGGAAUGCUAUAAUUGCAGGAUUUGCUAGUGCUGGUGAUGCAAAGGAAUCCAUGUCAUUAUUUUCUCAGAUGAGGCAUACAGGACUUGCUGCUAAUGAUGUCACUGUCCUCUCUUUACUUUGUGCUUGUUCAGAACCUGUGAUGCUUUGUCAGGGAAUGCAGGUUCAUUCCUACAUUAUCAAAAUGGGCUUUUAUUUAGAGAUUCAUGUGUGCAACUGUUUACUCAACAUGUAUUCAAAAUGCUCAAAUCUGAAUGAUGCACUUGGAGUAUUUGAAGAUAUUGAAAACAAAGCUGAUAUAGUUUCUUGGAACACUGUGCUUACGGCGUGUCUCCAGCAGAACCAAGCUGGAGAGGUUCUAAGAUUGACAAAGCAAAUGCUUGUUUCUAGUAUUAAGCCUGACCAUGUUACUGUAACUAAUGUAUUGGUGUCAUCUGGACAGGUAGCAUCUUAUGAGGUGGGAAGUCAAGUCCAUUGCUUUAUCAUAAAAUCAGGACUGAAUCUCGAUACUUCUGUUUCGAAUGCGUUAAUUAAUAUGUAUACGAAGUGUGGAUCCCUUGGAAGUGCUCAAAAGAUGUUUGAUUCAAUAGACAAUCCUGAUAUCAUUUCGUGGAGUAGCUUGAUUGUCGGAUAUGCUCAGGCUGGAAGCGGAGACAAAGCUUUCAAGCUUUUCAGAACCAUGAGAGGUCUGGGCGUAAAGCCAAAUGAAAUUACAUUUGUAGUAAUCCUUACUGCUUGUAGUCAUAUUGGAAUGGUAGAAGAAGGUUUGAAGUUAUACAGGACAAUGCAGGAGGAAGAUGGCAUUUCACCAACCAGAGAACACUGUUCGUGUAUGGUAGACUUGCUCGCCCGUGCUGGAUGCUUAGAUGGGGCAGAGGAGUUCAUCAAGCAAAUGCCUUUCGAUCCCGACAUUGUGGUCUGGAAGACACUGUUAGCAGCAUGUAAAAUCCAUGGUAAUCUCGAGAUUGGCAGAAGGGCUGCAGAGAAUGUGCUAAAAAUCGAUCCAUCCAACUCAGCCGCGCUCGUAAUGCUCUGUAACAUACAUGCUUCUUCUGGCCAUUGGAAAGACUUCGCGCUACUGAGGAGCUCGAUGAGACAAAUGGAUGUCAGCAAAGUUCCAGGUCAGAGCUGGAUUGAGAUCAAGGAUAGAGUUCAUGUGUUUUUGGCAGAAGAUAGCUUGCAUCCUGAGACAGGUAGAAUAUACACAAUGCUAGAGGAGUUGAGGUUGCAAAUUUUAGAUGAUAGUUGUGAUCCAAUACAGAUGGUGUCUUCAUUUGGUUACUAAGUAGGAAUAGUAAUUAUUCAAGUAGAUUCUUAGAUGUAAAAUGCAUCUUCUGAAUUCUAAAUUCAAAUAAUCAGAGUGAUUUAAGAGAC